AAGCAAAGAGAGAAUGUCCACCAAAGGCACGCUAUUUCUGACUCAUUGGUAGAAGUUGUUAAAAACCAAAAAAGUCGGAAAUAUGGUUUUGAGCUUCGGAUGCAAGAUAAAAGUUUAUACCAGUUGGCAUCAGAUAGCGAGAAUGAUCUAGAAGAUUGGAUAAAUGCAUUUAAUAAAAUAAUACAACAAGGAAACGAGGACAAACAAAGUAUUUCAUCAACAGAUGAACUGGAACAAGACGAUGAUCCACUGUUGUCACCCAGUAAACCAGAAACAUUGAGAGAAAGCUUGGAGCAGAGUAAACAUCCAGAGCUGAUGAAGUAUGCCAAAGAAACUGAACGACUAAAUGCAAUACGACGCAAGGACGGAAGACAAAAGUUAUUUGGAAUCUAUCCUACACUACAGACUGUUGGUAGGAUGCUAGCUGAAGAAAAACUCCCGACAGUGACUCCCUUCAAGGAACACUUCGGAACGCGAGUCAUGGUAGUGUGUGAGGAGCUCAAGUUCAGACUUUCUGCUGUUAUCAAUGAACACGGGGAGAUUGUUGACAGCCAGGAAGAAAAUACAGUUAAUGGUUUAUUCUCGGUUACAGCACCCCAUUCUGAAAUCUAUCUUGUAGCAAGGAUAGAGAAGGUUUUACAAGGUAAUAUUACAACAUGUGUGGAACCCUAUAUGAAGAGUGGAGAUAUACUAAAGCUUUCACAGAAAUUAUUAAAACAAGCCAAAAUAUUCUGCCACCGAAUGGGAGAUUAUAGAAUGCCUUUUGCAUGGGCUGCCAGACCAUUAUUUCAAGACAAGCAAGUAGACCCUCAUGCCGACUUUACACCAUUUUAUAAGCAAGAAAGUGCCAGACUGUCCGAUGAUGAUCUGCUGAAACACUUGAAAGACAUAAAAGCUAGUCCAGACAAACUUGGCAAGUUACAGGUUGUACCAGGCAGUUUGAAAAUUUCAGUCAAUCCUGUCAAAGCUCUGCCUCCAAACUGUUUGACGCCAUCACUGGUGCCAUUGGAUCCAUACCCUAUACCACCAAUUACUGAUGUACUACUAGAGAUAGAAGAGUUCAUACCGGAGGAAGGCAGAUUCUCCUAUCCUCAUACAAACUAUGUCAAUCAUUUGUAUGUCUAUCCACGUUCUUUGAAGUAUGACGGACAGAAAGCAUUUAAUAAGGUAUUUAUACUCAAAUGUUUACUAUUUCAACAUAAAUACAUAGGAAUCAAAUAA